AUGGAUCAACCCGCGAUUCUCGCUCACCAACUUGAGGAGUUAAAUCUCCUCAAAUGCUCUUUACUUCCAGGAGAAGAAAUAGUCUUCGUGCCGUUAUUGGACGCCCCAUCCGACUGGUCCACACUCCUUGCUACGUACGCAGCAGAUCCUGGCGCAGACAUAUCUAGUCAAGCUCCAACUAAUAUAGAUCCGGCGCGCUUCCAAGUGAAAGCGGAGGCCAUCCCCGUGUGGUUUGAUGUCCUGCUUGAUCCGCGGUAUAACGGCACUACAUGCACGGAAGGCCACCUUACUGUUUCUGCAAGAGGUGCAGAUCUCGGGCGUACGGAGCAGGCACGGUGGAAUGCCGUCAUCCAAGAGUGCGUAGAGCAGGUGCAAGACAACCCCACAUCUCCGUUCUCCACGCCAACAUCCGCUACGCUCACAGUGCGCUACCACGCCCUCCUCACGUCACACCACCUGAAAUCACCCAACAAACGUCGUUCCCUUCAGCAGUGGUCUCACGAGCUGUCUAUCCAUGGUUUCGCUAAGGUUGGCUACCCAGGCGUAAUCUAUUGCGAGGGUGAACAAGCACAGGUAGAGGAGUUCGUGGGUAAUGUGAAAACAAUGCAGUGGCUUGCCUUACGAGUGAGGUUCGUGGAGUCAUUGGCAGACCACGAAGAGAGGCAACGCGGCGCGGAAAUAGAGAAAAAACGAUGGUCAGAGUUCGAGAAGGUGGGGGAAGUGGUGGAGGAGAUGAAGAGAUUAGGGCGGACUAAAUAUGUUGUUGAAAUGGGUAUAGGCAGCGCGGGGACGAGCCUAACCAGCCCAAAAGGUUGA